CUUUACUCUCCCUCCGUGUUUUCUGUGCUCGCCUACCAGCUGACUGCAGCCUCUGUGCGGACUCACUAACUCUGGAGGGCGUGUUCACUGCGUUUACUCUGCACACAGACCUCGACACACUCACAUACACACACAUUCACACACACACACCGCACUCCCAACAACUUUUCCCGAAACUUUUCUCCGAUGGAAGUGGCGGAAGCUCUCAAGUAAGGUUUAGGUGUCACGCUGUAAAAACUGUGGUGCACUUCCAUGAUAUCCUGUUUGCCAAACUCCUAACCCGACGAGGAUUGCUUUGCGCAUGCGUUAAUUACACAGAGGGAUGGAGGGGGAGCUGACUGACUCUUCACUUGACUUGAGCCACCUGACAGACGACGAGCAGUCCACCAUCCUGCAGGUCUUACAGCGUGACUUGGAGUUGCGUCUUCGCGAUGAAGGACGUGUAAGGGUCCUCGAGGAGACAGAGAAAGACAAAGCACAUUUUCGCUUUCUGUCUGGAGAAUGGUUCAGUGAGGAGCGCAGCAAACGCCAUCGCAACCGGUCAUCGGCCUAUGCGCUCGUCCACGCCACCAUACGUCACAGGAAGACCAAGAGCAGAGAUGUGCCCCUGGCUGGACUGUUCAAUGGAGAGAGAGAGAAAACCUCGCUCAACAACAACACCUCUCCCGAGGCGGAGAUGAGAUUGAAAGACGGCAACGCAGAGGAGAGUGGAGGGUCUGUCACAGGGAAAAAAAUGAUCUCAUCUCACUUUUGUGACUUCUGUGUGGUGCUGCAUUUCCAAUAUUUAAUUUGUGUUUUCAGGAGUCCAGCAAAUUUGAAACCUGCACUCACAUCCAGAACAAAAAGUCCCGCAACACAGAGUCUCGUGGUCAGAAAUAGUUCCUCGUCAUCCAAAGAGUGUGACAGAAGAAGUAAUGGCCACUCCGAGGAACUUGAGGAAGAAUUCGACGGUCACAACGGGGACACUGACUCUCUGAGCAGCAGUCUGACAGAGCCGGAUCCAGCUUCUGUGAUAACCAGCAGCUCCAACGGCAGCCUUCAUUCGGGCUACACGCUCAGUGGAAGCAUGAUGAGUCUGUUCAGCUCAGGGGAUUUUGGAGUGGUGGAGGUGAAGGGCCGUAUCCAGUUCUCAUUGGCUUACGACACCCAGAAGGAGGAGCUGCACAUCAAAGUGUAUCGCUGCGAGGACAUUGCUCCGGCACGCAAGAAUCGCUCUGAUCCAUACGUCAAAACCUAUCUCCUGCCGGAUAAGUCGAGUCACAGUAAGAAGAAAACUGCAGUGAAAAAGAAGACGCUAAACCCGGUCUAUGAUCAGACACUCCGAUAUAAAGUGCGGGUUGGAGAGCUGCGCAGCCGGACCUUGAACCUGUCUGUGUGGCACGCCGAACCCCUGGGCAGAAAUGUGUUCCUCGGGGAGGUGGAAGUGUCUCUGAGCGUCUGGGACUGGACCUACACUCAGCCUCUGUGGCAGGACCUGCAGCCACGGGUUCAUUUGAAUCCAGACUCCAUCAGCAGUCGUGGGACCAUCUUGCUCUCUAUUAAGUUCAUCCCAGACGGAUACGAGGGUGAUGGACUGCCUCUGACAGGAGAGCUUCACAUCUGGCUACGGGAAGCACAAGGUCUCCUGGCCAACAAAGGGGGCGCUAUAGACUCCUUUGUCAGAAGCUACAUACUCCCAGACGCCAGUCGGCAGAGUGGUCAGAAGACGCGGGUGGUGAAGCGCUCCAUCAGCCCGACCUACAACCAUACCAUGGUGUACGAUGGCUUCCACACCAGCGACCUGAGAGAGGCCUGCGCUGAGCUGACUGUGUGGCAGCGCGAAGGGUUAAAGCAGCGCAUCCUAGGAGGGGUUCGUCUGAGCUGUGGAACUGGUCUGAGUUAUGGGGAGCCUGUCAGCUGGAUGGACUCCACAGAGGAUGAGGUCGCUGUGUGGACCUCCAUGAUCAAAAACCCAAACAACUGGAUCGACGCAACACUAUCAAUCAGAACUAACCUCACACAACGGAACGAUUGACUGAGACACGGCUUGCACGCAAACACACGUUCAAAUAAUUGUCUGGAGUGAAAGGAAACCCUCAGCACAUUUAACCUCUCUGUCCAUAGUUUUUCAUACAUACAGACACAUAAGUCAGUAGUGGUGCAAUAUUGUGAAUUAAUGGUGUAGAUCAGAAAUAUUUAGUCUGAAACCAAAUCUAUCUGCAUUUCAUGUUUUACUUGUAUGUUUUUGGUUCAGUCUGUGUCCCAUCUGACAAAAUUGUUGUAAUCUAUUGUAGUUUAUUAAUUAAAUAUCAAACCUGAACUGAUGAAUCACCCAGGGUUCUUCUUUAUUUACUAAAUUAAAAUAUAACACCAAGUAGAUAAACAUGGAGAGGCCAUUUUAAGAUAUUAAUAACCAUAUAAUUAUUUCAAGUUGUUUCCCAGACCUCUCAAAAGUGUAGUGUGUAAAAUUUAGGGGGAUUUAGUGACAU